AUGAAGUUCGUUUUGCCAGUGGUUAUACUUUUAACGGUCGGAUCAAUCCCCAUUGACGCGAAGCGUAUCAAAACAAAUCCAUAUAAUUCGACAAGAAAAGUAGGACGCGUUGUUGGCGGCGUAACAGCUGAGGAAGGCCUUGCUCCCUACCAGGUGUCGCUGCAAAAUUUCUGGGGUCAUUAUUGUGGCGGAGCCAUAAUCGACAAACAAUGGAUCCUGACUGCCGCACAUUGUGUUGCUCGAAAGGAGAUGGAAGAUAUUUUGGUUAUGACCGGUACACAAGAUCUCGAACUACCCGGUGUUAUUUAUCAUGUGGAUGAGGUGCAUGUUCAUUGUAAUUAUGAUCGGCCGCAGAUGCACAAUGACAUAGCAUUGUUGCAUUUAAAUGAGAGUAUUGUGUGGAAUGAGAAGACACAACCUGUGGCUCUGCCCACCAAACCUAUGGAAGAUGGUGCUGAUGUUUUGCUGACGGGUUGGGGUGCCGAAGAGUUAUGGGGUGAACGACCAGACCUAUUGAAGAAAGUCAAUUUGAAAUAUAUGGAACAUGAUCGCUGUAAGGAGGCUUUGCUGUAUGAUCCCGAUCUGGAUAUUGGUCAUAUUUGCACCUUCACGAAGGAGGGUGAAGGUUCGUGUCAUGGUGAUUCGGGUGGUCCAUUGGUCAGUGAUGGCUAUUUGGUUGGUUUGGUUAAUUGGGGCCAACCAUGUGCUAUAGGGUUUCCCGAUGCCCAUGCUAGUCCGUUGUUUUACCUCAAUUGGAUACGAUCGAAAAUGAGCGGGAAUAAGAAGUGUUGA